AAAUCAAGCUGAUCUUGUAAGGAAAUUGAGACAAGCAAUGGCAGCCCUGCAUUUGAUUCUGGGAGCCUUAGCUUGUUUCAGUGUUCUGCUUGUGAGAGCAGAAGACGCUUACAGAUAUUACAACUGGGUUGUUACCUAUGGAGCCAUUGCUCCUCUUGGUGUCUCUCAACAGGGAAUCCUCAUAAAUGGCCAGUUUCCAGGUCCACGAAUUGACUGUGUUACUAAUGACAACUUAGUCAUUAACGUUUUUAACAAGCUCGAUCAGCCUAUCCUCUUUACAUGGCAUGGAGUCAACCAAAGGAAGAAUUCAUGGGAAGACGGAAUGCUCGGAACCAGUUGCCCCAUCCCUUCGAAUUCAAACUUUACGUAUCAUUUCCAGGCGAAAGAUCAGAUCGGGACCUUCUCGUACUACCCAUCAACUUUGUUGCAUAAGGCCGGCGGCGGCUUUGGGGGACUGAACAUCUACAAUAGGUCUGUGAUAACAGUCCCAUAUGCCAACCCUGCUGCAGAGUAUACUCUGCUUGUAGGUGAUUGGUACAAAACCAACCAUACGGUGCUGCAACAAACUUUAGACUCAGGGAAGACUCUUUCUUUACCUGAUGCUAUUCUUAUAAAUGGCCAGAAGGAUUCUACUAGCUUCACUGGUGAUCAAGGAAAGACCUACAUGUUCAGGGUCUCAAAUGUGGGUUUAUCAACCUCAUUCAACUUCAGGAUUCAGGACCAUAAAAUGAAGUUAGUUGAAUGUGAAGGAUCUCAUACUAUGCAAGAAAUCUAUGAUUCUCUUGAUGUGCAUGUGGGGCAAUCUGUGGCUGUCCUGGUAACCUUGGAUCAGCCAUCAAAAGACUAUUUCAUCGUCGCUUCUUCACGAUUCACGAAGCCUAUUCUUACUACAACUGCAGUACUUCAUUACUCUGACUCUAAAACUCAAGCUACAGGACCUUUGCCUGUUGGUCCUACUUACCAAAUUCACUGGUCUAUGAAGCAAGCUAGGACUAUUAGGUGGAAUUUGACAGCAAAUGCAGCAAGACCCAACCCUCAAGGAUCAUUCCAUUAUGGAACAAUCCAAGUAUCAAGAACACUCAUAUUGGCCAACUCUGCAACUAAGUUGGAUGGAAAGCUACGAUAUGCUGUAAACAGCGUGUCCUAUGUUAACCCAGAUACUCCUCUGAAGCUCGCCGACUAUUACAAUAUUUCGGGUGUCUUUGACUUGAGUACCAUUCAGGACAAGCCUACUUCUGGGCCUGUAAAGUAUGGCACCUCUGUCAUAGGAACAACUCUCCAUGAUUUCGUGGAAAUCAUCUUCCAAAACAAUGAGAACACCAUCCAAUCUUGGCAUCUUGAUGGUUAUUAUUUCUGGGCAGUUGGCUAUGGAUCAAAGCAAUGGACGCCGGCCAUGAGGAAACGCUACAAUCUGUAUGAUGCUGUGACCAGAUACACUGUUCAGGUGUAUCCGAAUUCUUGGAGCGCAAUUCUGGUGUCUAUGGACAACAAGGGUAUGUGGAACUUAAGAUCUCAAGUUUGGGCUAGACAGUAUCUUGGACAACAAUUGUAUAUCAAAGUCUGGAACAAUGAACAAAGCCUCUAUACAGAGUAUGAUAUCCCUCCAAAUGCACUACUUUGCGGUAAAGCCACAGGUCGACGAGUAUAGAAGGCCCAUCCUGUGUAAUUUGUGGGUUUUUUUUAUUUUUUAAAUUGAAAUAUUUGUAGUUAACUAGUCACGAGGGUGUGACUG